AUGUCGCACUCAGCUACCGAUUCGUCACAGCACUCGGGAAACCAGACUACGUGGAUGCAAAUACCUAGAGAUGAUCCAUCAAACCCAUCCGAAGCACCCACAAGAGUGGCGUACCACACGCACGACAACGCGUCACCGCAAGAUGCAGAGGAAUACAAUGGUCUACUCAAUGCUAAUGUCAUCGCGUCGCACCGUCGUUCGGUUUCUACUACGUCAAGCCAAGUCUCUGGAAGUCAAGUACCGAAAGCGAAGUUUUCGGUGGCAGCUGGCCCAAGUGAGACUUCCUCGCAACCCAACCUUGAGGAUAUUCGAUCUCAUGCUAAUCCGUGCACAGCCAACAUCGAUGAGGACAGAACCUACAAGCCGUCAAACUGGCUACCAUACACAUUAAGGCGAACCUAUCUGGUGCUUCUAGCUUUCUGUGCGUUUGUGUGUGCCAUCGUGCUGGCGGUGUUAUGUGCCUACUCCACGCACCACUAUGGGCUGACAACAAAUAAUGGCUCCCUUGGACAGUUCAUUGCAAGACGAUAUGUACCGACUGUUCUUGCAGUUUUGUUUACACUGGCUGUUACUAUGAUAGCUGAGGACGUGAAACGGACAGAACCCUUUGCGCGUAUGGCCAGCCCUCAGCCCGUCACAGCAAAUCAUACUUUGUUUUACGUACCCAAAGUAUGGUGGAAGAGUGUAUUCACUGGACUGUCUCUGAAACGAAGUGGAGGUCACAGACGCUGGAUACUUAGCCUUUCCUCUCUCGCUGCUGGGAUUAGCGUUCUUGUCAUCUCCACCUUCUCGUCUACGGUUUUCACUACCAGGGAUGUGGUGCUCCGAACGGAUACACAGCUCCAGCGAUACACACCUCAGCAGAAUGGCUCGAUCUUUCUUCUUCCAAGACGUGAUACCUACACUCGUGCCAUGAGCGGAUUCCUCUACAACGCCUCUACAUCUCUAUGGGUUACGGACUCGCACGUUGUGCUCCCAUUUACCACACCUGAUACUAAUCCUCCUGUAUUGAAUGAGGGAACAUGGCGGGCUAAGACAAAGGUUUCGAAGCUGGAUUCGACAUGCGUGUCGAUGACGCUCUCGGAGAAGACUGAUAUUAACAUAACAUAUACGUCCGUGAGUACCUCUGGAUGCAAUGGUACCUGCUCCAAGCAAUCCAGAGGUCUCAAACUUCGAUCCGAAGACGGCUGCGAAGUUCAGCUACAGACACCAAUUGCACACUCAGUCGAUAUUUUGGGUGGUUACGUCAUAUCGAAUCCCGUCGGUGGCUACUAUACUGAUGCCCUGUCGUUGCAAGGCGGCAUGAUAUGGACGAAUCUGUCUUCAGCCUACGUUUCGUGGGAGAGCCUGAUUCGAGAACACGGGAGUGAGCCACCACUUGACUCUGAUGAAAUCGUGCUUGACCAAUGGAGGCGGACCUUCAUAUACAAAUUUUCGGACCAAUGCAAGGACAGAGAUCUGCUCUUUGUGUCUCCAGCAUGGUUUGCAGAACGGAUCAUGGGUAAGCCAUCCUCCUGGCAGGAAGACUACUGGGAAAACUUCACAGCACGUGCGGAGCUUUGUGCUCCAAGAUACAGUGCAGCCGACAUUUCUGUCACCGCGGUUAUUGGUGGAGCCGCCCCGGGUGUCUUCUUUGAUAACAAGGAAUUUGAACAGAGUGCAAAGCCCGUCUCGCAUCGUCUACUAGAUGUAGCACGUCUAAACGACCUCGCAUUCGGCGAAGCUUGGCUCAAAUACUUUCCUGCCCCGGCUGGAGAUGAGGAUGUUGAAGGUUUCGAAGGCGUAUCGAUGCUUCUUGCAAAAACCUUCUCCCUCAAAAUUGCAAACCUGCUAGCAAAUCGCACGCUGUCUUCCGAAGGAAGUAGAUUAAGAUCGCGCUUCUUUGGCGAAUUGAUCUCCUCCUCUGUUCUGGAAGCGGACACAAAGGCCUCUGAAGAUGUUGACGGUGAAUACCUGAAGUCAGAGAAUCGCAUCAUAGUCGUCCCAGGAGUCGCCAUCGCACUUGCGGUCUUGUUAUCUCUAGCAGGAUGUUACUCUCUGUUCAUGGUCUGGUUUGCUUCGAGUCAUCGCAGACCUCUGAAUCUCAAGUCGGAUCCUGCCAUGCUCGUAGGAGUUGUGCCGCUCACAAGCAUCACAUCUCCACUCGCGGCAGAUCUCAGGACGUGGAAGAAUCACGACCGAACAGAGAUACAGUCAAAGAUAGGGUCUCAAAAGUUCAGCCUGCAUUCAGGGAUAAUCAGCCGAGCGAGCUCGAAAUGCGACGAUGCGGUUAUCGAGACUGGCGCGCCUAAAGCCGAGAGACUUUCCUGGAUGCAAAAGCGCAUACCAAGGCAGCCUCCAAAGCCUGAGUGGAGACCAGCGAUGCUUCACAAGACAUGGCUUUCAAUCUUAUUGCUUGCUCUGAUCGGCGUUGCAAUCGCGAUGCUAGUCCUCCGUAAAUUCGCUGAUGAGGAAGUACUGUUCCAGACUGUGUUCGUUCAGCAAAUCGACCUGAGUUUGUUCCACGCUAGCCUCUCACCUCAUUCAAUCAUCGCGACAUUGGUCGCUGUCAUAAUCGGACUUUGCUGGGAUAGUAUCGACAAGGCAAUGCGCACUCUUCAGCCUUAUCUGAGUAUGUCAAGGGAGCCCUCUGGACCUUCUCACGGAAUCUCGAUCACCUAUGAGUCCUCAUAUUGGAUUUGGGCAGCAAUCAAAUCGGCCAGAAGUAGGCACUGGAUCCUUCUUCUAGUGACGCUUGGGACGACUCUUUCCCAGAUCUUCAUUAUCUCUGUUGCCGCAGUGUUCGAGCGCCGUACAGUCAUACACACACAAGCCACGCAAGAUAUGGAUAUCGAGGUCCUUCACUUGCUGACCACAAGGCAGAAGCCUUUCGAAUUCGGUAUUGGCUUGGGUCAACGCCCCUUCUAUUUGAGUGACGCUCUGCUGGGCACAUCUAACACGGAUUGGCUAUACAGCGCACUAGAUGAAAUCACUCUCAACACUCACAUGCUUCCGUGGACUGGAGACGAAUGGAUCUUCACACCUGUGAACUUGACAGGUUGGGACGACCGAAGCGAAUCAUACGUGGCGACCCAAAGCCAAAGUGGGUCUCGGAACGAAGCGGCUUCUUUCACAUCCUCCUUUAAUGUCUCGUUGACCACCUCAGCCCUUCGGAGUAGACUUGAAUGCGAAGUAGUUACCGUGUCGAGUUCAGGGUGGCUGGACGAUGUACAGAGCGUCUAUCCGAAUCGAUUCGACAAAUCUGCUACUGGCUACGUGCUUCCAAUGACCGUGUCUCCCGGUGGAGAUUUUGCUGCACCCAUCUUCAGCGCGCCGCGUAGACUAGCUUGUUGUACUAACGGCACCGACAAGGGGAAGCAGUCGGUUGUCGCUUACUGGUCUAGCAACAGUUCGCUGUAUGACCAGCAACCGGCCAUUUCAGUGGACCCUGAUGAAGCAGAGGACACCAGAGUAUCGAGCGGCUGGACAAAGGAUUUUGCAAUCAAAUGGAUAGUCGGUUCAGCAGCAUCGACAAUUGUGCCUGGAACCGAAUCAAAUUUUCUGAGCAAUUCCAUUGGAACCGCUAAUGAAACGGUGCUCUACUUCCCCGAGGAACCGCAAACGUCGAUUAUGAGAUGCACUCCCAUUAUCGAACAGACGAAUGCAAGCAUUACAUUCGCCCGUGACACUAAGCAGGUUUUGAAGUACAAGCUGCUGGACGAGCCACAACCAGCUAUCGGCGCCUGGGAUUAUGCGUAUGAUGUAGUCUACGAAGUUCCUGGAUCAAACUCUUCUCGUGGCAAUGUCAGCUACGGUGUCUUCUUCGUAUCGCAGCUUCUGAGUGCUCCGCACAUUGUGGAACCUCAAAUGCGAUCAAGUAUGAUGGUAGCCAACCAUACCAUUGAGAACCUUGAUGCCGAGCGUUUCGCCUUACGAGAUAGCGAUAAAGGAACGAAUAUGGAUUACAUGUCCUAUGCCAAUUUUGUGUUGGCUAACAAGGAUCCGACCGCACUCCUCAACACGACUCUUCUGCAGCAACACUCUGAGAAGACCUUUCAAACUUUCUUCAAGCAUUUUGUGGCCACCGCUAACUGGACGUACGGUGGCAAGUUCUCAGUCUCUAGGGCUGCAUAUGAAGAGCUCUGGAGUUAUCAACGGCAGGCGGAAAAAUUCGACGGUAUCGUCACAGAACGCAUCGAGGUUCUCAGCAUGAAUAAGGUGGCGACUUGGCUCUCUCUGGUUAUUCUAUUCCUGCUUAUGAUCAUCCUUGUCAUACUGAUCGUGACGCUUCAGGUCGUCUACCCUAGGACGUCCAUGCUACGCCGGGUGGAGUGCCUGGCAGAUGUCCUGGCGAUGGUUGCAGGUAGCGACGAACUGAAUAAACUGAUUGGUGAAGUUGGGGUUGAAGGGAUGGAGAAAGUUGGGAUCAAGACAAGACUGGGAUGGUUCAGAGACAAAAGAGGAACCGUGAGAUGGGGGGUCGAAAUCGUCGGUGGUAACGUACAAUGGCUGGAUGGGCCUAAAAAAAUUGAAGGAAAAAAGACCAGUGAGUCUGCAGAGUAG